CCACGUCCUCGCACAUGGGGAAGGAAGCUUCCCUUUUCUCUCAGUGCCUCCUUUAAACCAGCUGUGGCUCAAGUGGGCCAGCUGCUCUGAGGGAUUAGCCAGGCUGCAGCAGAAGCCAGGUGUCUGGGGGUGACAGUGGACAGAGAGAAGUGGUUUCAGAAGACUGAGGACAGACACACAGACACCGGCAGAUCUCCAAGGUACAGAAGGAUGAGGGGGGAGAACAUCACCAAGGUCAGCACCUUCAUCCUGCUGGGCUUCCCCACAGCCCCUGAGCUGCAAUACCUGCUCUUCCUCCUCUUCCUGCUCGCCUACCUCUUUGUGCUGGUGGAGAACCUGGCCAUCAUCCUCACUGUCUGGAGCAGCGCCUCCCUCCACAGACCCAUGUACUACUUCCUGGGCAUCAUGUCCACCUUGGAGAUCUGGUAUGUUUGUGACAUCAUCCCUAAGAUGCUGGACGGCUUCCUCCUGCAGAGGAAACGCAUCUCUUUCAUUGGAUGCAUGACUCAGCUCUACUUCUUCAGCUCCCUGGUGUGUACAGAGUGUGUACUCUUGGCUUCCAUGGCCUAUGACCGCUAUGUGGCCAUCUGCCACCCCCUGCGCUACCAAGUCAUCAUGACCACAGGGCUCUGUGUCCAGCUUGUGGCCUUCUCUUUUGCUAGUGGCUUCAGCAUCUCUGUGAUUAAGGUCUACUUUAUCUCCAGUGCCACCUUCUGUGGCUCCAAUGUCUUGAACCACUUCUUCUGUGACAUCUCCCCGAUCCUCAAGCUGGCCUGCACUGACUUCUCUACUGCGGAGCUGGUGGACUUCAUCCUGGCCUUCAUCAUUCUGGUGUUCCCACUUCUGGCCACCGUUCUCUCCUAUGGCCACAUCACCCUGGCUGUGCUGCGCAUCCCUUCAGCCACAGGCCGGUGGAGAGCCUUCUCCACCUGUGCCUCCCACCUCACUGUGGUUACCAUUUUCUACACAGCUUUGCUCUUCAUGUAUGUGAGGCCCCAGGCCAUCGAUACCCGGAGCUCCAACAAACUCAUCUCUGUUCUGUAUACAGUUCUUACACCCAUCUUGAACCCCUUGAUCUACUGCCUGAGGAACAAAGAAUUUAAAGAUGCCUUAAGAAAGGCCUUGGGCUUGGGUCAAGCUCCCUUGUAGGAGGGAGGGCACCUUCUGCUUCCAGAGCAUUUCCUGAGCG